AUGCAGACUCUUUCACUUCUCCUACUCUCGGCGUCCGCCGUCUCAGCGUACCCAUGGGUUGCCAACCAGCCUGGCGUUGACUCAUCUCUGCUCCCCCGUAACCGCAAUGUGAAGAGGCAAGACAACUGCCCCUUCAACUCAAACCACCAGCCUGCGGCUCCAUAUAACAGCCAGUACCCCUACACCGGCGCACGAAAUGGUGCUCGCGGUACAGGUAAGGGAGGCAUCAAGGUCCCCGCUGACGGAGACACCGCACACGCCUUCCAGGCUCCUGGGCCAAACGACAUCCGUGGUCCUUGUCCCGGUCUCAAUGCGGCUGCCAAUCACAACUUCCUUGCUCGUGAUGGUAUCACAACCUUCACUGAGCUCGUCGAUGCUCAACAGAACUUGUAUAAUGUUGACUGGGACCUUGCUACGCUCUUGGCAACCCUCGGUGUCGUUGCCGAUGGUGACAUUCUCACCGGCAAGCUCAGCAUUGGCUGUGACGCCACAUCCCGCACUGCCACCCUUGGAGGUGUUCUUGGCCGCCAGCCCGGACUGAACGGACACAACAAGUUCGAGGGCGACUCAUCGCUGACCCGAAACGACUACUUCACCCACAACGGCGACAACUACUCUUUCAACGGCACGUUGUUCAAGAGGAUGAAGGAUGUCGCCGACCGUGUUUCAGGUGGGAACUUCGAUCGCAAUACCCUCGCGGCAUACCGCAGCCAGCGCUACGACGAGUCCGUGCAGGAGAAUCCCAACUUCUUCUUUGGUCCCCUGGCUCUUCUGCUUUACGGCGCCUCUUCCUUCCUAUACGAGCUGUUCGCCAGCUACGGUCCAGAGGGCACUGCCGAUCUUAAGACUAUCUCCUCCUUCUUUGGCACCACCCAGGAUUCCAACGGCAACUGGCAGGCAGGCCCUGAGCGUAUUCCAGACAACUGGUUUAAUCGCCGCACGUCGUAUACUAACAACGAUGUUACCCUCGAAAUCUUAGCCCAGUACGUCCAGUAUCCCAAGCUGUUCGGCGGCAAUGUCGGCACCAACAACUUCGAUGCUCUGUCUUCUCCCUUCGGCGUCAUCCGCGACGGCAAGCUUCCCGACGCUGCUACUGCCUCCGACCUUCUUUGCUUGUUGUACCAGCUUGGUACUCAGCCGGUGCCUUCCAGCUUGUCGGUUGUCACUACUUUGCCUCUCUCGCUUCUCAACUGGUCUGUUGGCAAGCUCAAUCCGGUCUUCAAGAACGCUGGAUGUGCGCUCCGUCCGGAUCAGACUGCUCCCCUUGCAUAA